UGUGGCAUACACUUCAUUCAAAAAUUGGUAUUCGGUUUCGCGGAGAACUCUUAACGGUUUUCGGAUUUCGAAAGUGCAAAAAGUUUUUUUCGUAAAAUAUUCAUUCAGCCAAGAACCUAAAAAGACUGCGUGUUCUACGGCACGUUCCGUUGGCGGCUAAAAGUGUCAUUAAGUGAUCUUGCCCACUAUGCAUAGACCCCUUGCCCCUCUUUAAAGUCGAGUUCCGGUUCGUGCAUUGCCCAAUUUCAAAGCGUGCGACACGUUUAUUUUAUGCGGUUUCAUCGUGUACUCCAUAUGUGUGCUCUGCGGGGUUCUUGACUUAUGCCUAAUUACCAGUGACGUCGAAGCCUUUUCGAAAAAUGUGUCAGCCACGAAAUUUGUCUGUUCUCUGGUAGUUGUUACGAGAAACUCGAGUGUGACACUGCUAGUUUUGGUUGGCUUCAAGUAAUUACCAACAAAGUGAGCCAAAGGAUACCCCAUUAAAGUCGGCAAAAGGAUACGCGCGCUUGAGGAAAUACCUAUCUUAUAGGGGGUGUCAAUCCAGUCUACCUGUCAUGUGCAAGUGGCCCUAACCAGUAAUCCCCUGGUGCUACUCACAACCCAUCACAAUGUACAACGAACCACAGUCGCAGUCGAGGGACCAUGGCAGCAUGGACUACAAGAAGGUGCGCUUAAAAGGAGAGCCUACCCGAAAAUCACCUAGAUAUAAGACAAGCUGCAUCACCUGCAUCCAAGUCAUAAUACUCACCACACUAAUCAGCUUGGUUGCCUCAAAUCGCCCGCCGCGUUUCGCUAUCGACGGGCAGUCCGAGAUCGUUCUGCGCCUCAAGGAGAGUCCUGAAACGAAAGUGGGAACCCUGAUAUACACGCUAAAGGGCUACGAUCCGGAUAACGAUCCGCUGACCUUUGGCAAGCGCAACUCGCACGACAGCGAGAUCAUCCGGAUAGAGAAUACGGGUGGAAAUGAGGCGAAGGUCUUUUUGGCCAAGGAGCUGGAUCGCGAGCUGCAGGACGAGUAUGCCAUAGUGCUGACACUGACCGACAGUCACUACAGCGAUCACAACUAUGUGACGCAGAGCUUUUUGCUCCUGGUCGAGGACAUUAACGACAAUGUGCCCAGUUUUCUGCCCUAUCAAAAUGCCAUCGAAAUACCGGAGGGCAGUGCUCCUAGUGUGGUCACCACUCUGGAGGCCACGGAUGCGGACGAGGGAGCCUACGGCCAGGUAGUUUAUUACCUGCAAGAACUGGAUGGCGACAACGAUGUGUUCUCCAUAGCCACCCAUCAGGGUAAGGGCAUCUUGAGGCUGCAAAAGGAGCUGGACUACGAGAAGAAGAGUCUGUAUCAGCUGAGGGUUCUGGCCAUCGACCGAGCCAAUCAAGGGCCAGUGAAUACGGGAACGGCUGCCAUUCUGGUCAAGGUAAGGGAUCUGGAGGAUCAGCCACCAGAGUUCGUGGAAGUCCAAGCAGUGGCCCGAAUCGCCGAAGAUGCCCCGGUGGGCACCAAAGUUCUGCGAGUCCGCGCCAUCGACGGAGAUCGUGGAAUCAAUAACCCCAUUGCUUAUGCUCUGGAGGCCAACGAUCUCUUUGACAUAAAUCCGCACACAGGAAUAGUUCAGACGUUAACUAAACUAGAUCGCGAGGAGCAGAGUGAUCAGGUGAAUGGAGCUCACAUACUGCGUAUUUCGGCCACCGAGUUAUCCAAAUCGAAUACCCAAAUGGCACCCACAACAGUUCGCACUGAAGUGACGGUCAUAGUGAGCGAUGUAAACGAUGAGAUACCCACUUUCGGAGAGACCGUGUAUCGUUGUGAGGUAAACGAGAACGCCCAAACGAACACCCCGCUUAAUUUUAUCGAUGAGGAAGUUCAAAACGUGGUCUUUGAUCACGAUGAGGGCAACAAUGGCACCUUUCGCUUGUUCUUGGAUCCGCCCAACGAUCUGUUCGAGAUUGUACCUGAGCUGGCGGUUAAUGAGGCCAACUUUAUGCUGCGGGUGAAGAACUCAAAGUCUUUGGAUUUUGAACAGUUCACCGAAGUCAAUUUUACGAUAUUUGCUAGGGAGGUCGAUGAGCCCAGUCGAUGGAGUUCCGCUCAUGUCCAGAUAUUUAUUCGAGAUCAAAACGACAACUUUCCCGAGUUCACUCAGACGAUCUACAAUGCAAGUGUGUUGGAGAACAGCGAUCAGGACACGAUUAUUACCCAUGUGCAGGCGGUGGAUGUAGAUUCGGGGGAUUUUGGAACAAUGGGAAUACGAUACACAAAUCUAAGAGGCGGCAUUGCUCACUUACUCAAUCUCAACCCAAUAACCGGAGUAAUAACUAUCAAGCAGGCGGGUGGAUCUGCCUUUGACCGUGAGAUAAUUUCCCGGCAUUAUCUCACUGUUGAAGCCAUCGAUAGUGCCGGUCAGGGCAACAGAAAUACGGCCCAAAUAAUAAUAGACAUCCUGGAUGUGAACGACAACGCACCCACAUUUCCACAGCGACAAUACGAAACGAAGUUGCUGGAGAACCAGCCGGAGUUCGAGACUCCUUUGCAGUUGGAGGCCCGGGAUGCGGAUCUGAUUGGCACGGAAAACAGCCAGGUGACCUACGAGAUUGUCGAGGGCAUGUACCGCUCGAACUUCACCAUAGAUCCGCAAAGCGGACUACUGCGACCGGUGCACAGCUUUGAUUUUGAGGAGCUGGUGGAACGGAGCAGUCGCCGAGGUGAUAGUGAUCCUCAGGCGGGAGGAUCUCCAAGCAUUCGAGAGAUCGAUCUACUGGUGCGAGCUCGCGAUUCCGGUAUUCCCAUGCUCUCCACGGUGGUUCCGGUUCUAAUUUACGUGCAGGAUGUGAACGACAAUGCGCCGAUCUUCCAGCGCAGCUUCUACGCGAAAACGGUACCCGAGGAUCUGCCAGGUGGGAGUUCCGUGCUGCAGGUGACGGCCAUAGAUGGCGAUGGAUCCACGCCCAACAAUGCCGUGGUCUAUCGCAUCCAGACGGGUGCCGGCGACAAGUUUAUCAUCAACUCGGAAACGGGCGUUAUUUCGGUGGCACAGGGAGCCAAUCUAGAUCCGGAUCUUACAGACAGCAAGCGAUCGCUUUAUACCCUGUCAGUGAUCGCUCUUGAUGGCGGUUUGGGCAACUCCCAGCUAAUGACCACUUGUACGGUGAACAUUAGCAUUCAGGAUGUGAACAACAAGCCUCCUGUAUUGACCGAAAUGCCCGCAUUGAAAAUUGUAGAGAACACACCUGUGGGCACACUGGUGUAUCGUAUCCAGGCCACGGACUUGGAUCAGAAAGCCAUCCUGCGAUACAAACUGAACCCAGAACACUGCGAGGGUCGCAGUGAGGAGGGGGCCUUGGUGAAAAGUACCGAGUACGACUUCCUGGGCGCCUUUGAGGUGGACCCCAUCGAGGGAUCCCUCAAAGUGGUCAAGCUGUUGGAUCGCGAAAGGGUGGAGCACAUUAAAUUGGCCAUCACAGUGGAGGAUUUGGCAGCAUUCAAGGGCAGGCAGAUUGCUGAAGGUUUCCUUAGCAUUCAAGUGCUGGAUGAGAACGAUAAUAACCCGAAAUUCCGUCUGCCCUUCUACCGGCAAUCGAUCACGGAGAACAGCAUCAACGGAGCAAUGAUUGUGAAUGUCUUGGCCUCAGAUGUGGAUAGGAAUCGCACCAUCACCUAUGCUUUGGAGGGCAAUCCAACCUACCGAUCGCUGAUGCACCUGGACUCACAAACGGGCGAGAUUGUGGUGGCCAGCAAGAUCGAUCACGAGCAGUAUCAGUGGCUCAACUUCAGUGUGCGGGCCACGGACUCCGGCCUGCCAGCGAGAUCCUCUCUGGUGGAUGUGUAUGUAACAGUGCUGGAUGAGAACGACAACAAUCCCUACUUUGUGGGUGGCAGCAAGAACUAUACGAUCAGUGAAAACGCAGCUCCAGGAACAAGGGUUGCUACUUUGCAGGCUGGCGAUGCGGACUCGGGAGACUUUGGCAAGAUCACCUUCUUGAUGGAUCGCAUCAGUUCGCAGGGAAAGUUCACCAUAGAUGCGGACACGGGCGUGCUAACGGUGGCCGAUCGCCUGGACAGGGAAUCCAAGGACUCCUACAACCUGGUUAUCGAGGCCUGGGAUAACUAUCAGUUUGGUUUCCUGGCCGGAGAAAGUCGAAAUGCCUUCAAACAGGUCUUCAUUUCCAUACUGGAUGAAAACGAUAAUCCGCCGGAAGUGAGUCUGCCUAAUAGUUGUGUCCUUAUCACGGAGUACCACGAGUUGCAUGAACGAGUGGCGAAUAUAGUGGGCAAAGAUGCAGAUGACCCAACUACGCCAAACGGUAGACUGGAUUUUGCCAUCACCCAAGGCAACAAAGAUGGUAUGUUUGAGCUGCGGCAGCUAGACGCUUGGAAUGCCCAAAUCUUCGCCAGCAAGAGUCUUCGAAAUAGGUUUGGAAACUAUAGCCUAACUAUAACCACCCAGGACAUGGGCCUUCCAGCGAAUAUUGUACACAGCACUCUGGACAUUUGUGUAUCGGAUUUCAAUGAUCAUGCUCCGGUUUUUGUAAGGCCACUUCAUAACACAACCGUUCGGAUACCGGAGAACGCCACUGUUGGAACUCUGAUACUGCAGGCUUAUGCCAGCGAUGCCGACAUGGGUCAGAACGCUCUAGUGAGAUAUCGCCUCAAACCCGAUUCCUUUGGCAGUUACAAGAUGUUUGAGGUGAACCCUAAUACAGGAGAGCUCUUUCUGAGGGAGCCACUGAACCGUGAAAAGCAAAAGAUUCAUGAGAUCCGUAUUGAAGCCUACGAUCAGGGUUUGCCCACUUCGCUGAGCUCGGACUUGGACCUUACCAUCUAUGUGCGGAAUGUAAACGAUUACGAGCCGCAAUUCAUAGUCAACGAAAUAUCCGUGACCUUCACGGAGCACUCAGAUCCAGGGGCCGAAAGGAUUAAGCUACCCGACACCAUAGACAAGGAUCAAUUGGAACUGGACGAUCCGAACGAGACGCCCAGUCAGGUGUGCUACUUUAUUGUGAACGGAAAUGAGGCGGGAUAUUUUCGACUGGACCCUGAGACCCACAUACUGACUGUCGAUCGCGAACUAGAUCGCGAAGUGGUGGCCAACUUUACGCUUUAUGUGAGGGCCACGGAGAACUGUGGGAACGAUUCUUUAUCCGGCGGCGAAAAACGUCGUCGCUUGGGUAUCGAGAUCAACAAUAGAGUGGGUGGCUUUCUGCACAAUCAACAGACUGGUUACGAUCGUUUUAAACACUCCCGACAAUUGAGAUCGGCGGAGAGCAAUGAGUACGAACCGGAGGAUGGAGAGAUGGUAUCGUAUGAGACCUAUGACAGCAGUCAGGAGAAUCACUCUGGAGGAUCAGCUCCUUCCAAACCGGAAUUAGAUAGCACUGUGGUGAAAGUCAAGGUGCGAGUAUUGGAUAUCAAUGAUAAUCCGCCGCGAUUCCGUUCCAAAAUCUUCACUGGUGGAAUCACGACGAAUGCUGACUUUGGUUUGAAAUUCAUGCGCGUUGAAGCCACCGAUGCAGAUGAAGGGGCAAAUGGCAAGAUUGGAUACUUCCAAAUGGGUGAAAUCCGCCAGACUCUGUCCGAAGGAUUGGAGAAUGUGCGCAAGGCUCCGUUCCUUAUCGAUCAGGAAACUGGAGAUGUCCAGCUCAACUUUGACCCCCAGAAGGGUAUGAAAGGGUAUUUCGAUUUCGUGGUCUUGGCCAACGACACAUCGGGCAUGAGGGAUGUGGCCCAUGUGUUCAUCUACUUGUUAAGAGAGGACCAGAAGGUGCGCAUUGUGUUCCGACUGCAGCCAGAUGAACUGCGAUCUCGAGUGGACUCUUUUAGAGACACCCUGGGAAACAUCACAGAAUCUAUUGUCAACAUAGAUGAGAUUAAGGUUCAUGAGAACCAGGACGGUUCGGUGGACAAAACAAAGACGGAUCUGUACAUGCAUCUAGUCGAGCGCGAGGACAACUCCAUCUACGAGGUAUCCGAAGUGCUCAAGCUGAUCGACUCGCACAUCGAAAGCCUGGACGGGCUAUUUAAGGAGCUCAAUGUACUGGACACUCAGGCGGCGGAGGCACAGCUCCUGACCGCAGGACCCACCCGAGGUCCUUUGUUUGUCUGGCUGGUCUUCACCAACCUAUUCCUGGCCACGUUGUUGGUGGUCACUAUCGCACUUUGUGCCUCCCAAAGGAACGGAUACCGCAGGCAGCUGAGAGCCGCCAAAGUCAAUAUAUUCCGUGGCAACUCUUCAAUGUCCCUGCAACACGCGCAGGAGCCCGCCACUCGUGUGCCGAAUACAAACAAGCACAGCGUCCAAGGAUCAAACCCCAUUUGGCUUAAGGGCUACGACAACGAGUGGUUCAAAUCAGAAGAAACUGGCAGCAUUGGAGGCCACGACUCGCUGGAUGAUAACUUCCUGGCAGUGGCCACGCAGGACAUGCACGAAACCCUAAAGGGCACCGCCAAACUUUUCAACAACAGCAACGAUCUGAAUCGACACUUUAACCUGUAUAACCAAAUCGACAAGCUGACAAACAAUGCUCAAAUCCUGGCCAGGAAACUGGAGACCACGGAAUUAUAGCACCAACAGUCCACAUUAUUUAUUGUACUUAGAUUAGGCUUAGGUUAAGAGUAAGAUCAUCCCGUAGGACCCAUGUAUAUAUAUCGAAGUGUUUGAAGCUCAAAAACAGUUUUAGUCCUGUUAUGUCCUACUACUUGCGAAUUCGUACAAAUUAAGGAAAUAAAUACAACUAUAUCAGAUAAAUCAAUACUUCAUUUUACAUUUAGGAAGUUUUUUUAAUUGUAUAUUUCAUUAGAUAAACCUAUUUACUCGAGCU